UGAUUCCUGAGUUUGGCGUGAUGUAAUAUUGUUAUGUUUAGGAGGGUGGUAAAAUUUUGCUACAGCGCAGACAAAGUUCGAUGUCGCUGUUGUUCACGUAGUGUUGACACCACGACGCGUGGACUGUUAAAUCCUUCUCGCGAUGGGGACCGCAGUGGGAUAUGCGCUGAGAAAACUUUUUGUUUAUUUAUCAGCUGUGGCAAUGAUAUUAUAUGCGAUCAUGCACAUGACCUUGAUGAAACUCCUUUCAAUCGUUUGCCCGGGACUGAUGAAGAAAAUCAAUCUAAAAAUGGGUGAGAGGUCGACAAUGACCCAAAAUCCCAAAUUCAAAUACGAAGACUGGGGUCCAACUUUCUUUUCUCUGGCGUUCAUAAAAACCGUGAUCUCCGUGAACUGGUGCUCGCUGGGCCUGGAAGCGUUUGAGGGGCACGCCGCUCCAGACACAGCUUUAUUCACCCUGGACGGGCAGAAAACGAGCAUUCAUCGUUUUCUUAAAGGGAACCGUCCACUGGUUCUGAGUUUCGGAAGCUGCACAUGACCCCCGUUUCUCUUCAAGCUUGACGAGUUUAAACAACUUGUCAGGGACUUCAGUGAUGUGGCUGAUUUCCUUGUGGUUUACCUUGCUGAGGCGCACGCAACUGAUGCUUGGGCCUUUGCAAACAACGUCGACAUCAGCGUACACAAAAACUUGGAGGAGAGACUCUCUGCAGCCCGGACCCUGGUCAAAGAAGACCCUCUCUGCACUGUGGUAGUGGAUGAGAUGACCAACAUCACUGCCAGCAAAUACGGAGCCCUGCCUGAGCGCCUCUAUGUCAUUCAGAGUGGGAAUGUUAUCUAUCAGGGUGGCAUUGGACCUUGGGGGUACAAGCCUGAAGAGGUCCGAAAAGUUCUGGAAAAAAUUAAAUAAAGGGGGAAAAAAAUCAUGACUAGAUUUAUAUACAGUAUUUGCACUUUUCUGAAAUUCAGGUGCCUGAACGCAUUUUCUGAGUCCUUGUGUUUGCUUGUGACAGAUACAGAUUAAACCAGCUGGUCUCUGUAUCUUGAUGUUUCAAACACAGGCGGAUGUAAAAUGUAAGUUGGUGACAGUAUCUUUAAAAAAACAUUUUUUAAUGGAAUAUGUAAUCAAAAUGUUUUUUGUAGGGCUGGCAAAUGAUUAAUCGCAAUUAAUCGCAUAUAAAAUAAAAGUUUGAGUUUGCCUAAUAUAUGUGUGUGUACUGUGUGUAAUUAUUAUGUAUAUAUAAAUACAAGCACAUUCAUGUAUAUAUUUAAGAAAUAUUUACAAGUAUAUGUAUUUAUUAUAAUUUUUAUAGAAUUUAUAUUAAAUAAAAAAUAUUUUGUACAUAAAUAAAAUAUUUCUCUUAAAUAUAUACAUUCAUUUCUGUGUAUUUAUAUAUACAUACAACUAAAUAUAUUGUAAAAAUUGUAUAUGAUAUGGAUAUGUAUUGUGAAAAGCGCUAUAGAAAUAAAUUUGAAUUGAAUUUGAAUAUACAUAAUAAUUACACACAGUACACACACAUAUAUUAGGCAAACUCUAACUUUUAUUUUGUAUGCGAUUAAUCACGAUUAAUCGUUUGCCAGCCCUACUUUUUGUAAAUAUUUGAUAUAUAUUUUGUCUGCUUUAAUGCAAGUGUGUAAUUAUCAUACAAGCAAGACUACAUAAAUAUCAGUCAGCAAAGACUGUGAAGUGCAUCUGUGCCUUUAAGGUUUUUUUCUGAACUUGUGACUGUAAAUGAUGCUUACAGGGUAAAACUGUGUAAACUGUAAACUGAUAAUUCAGUCAUUUGUUCAAACAAUUUUAGAAGCACAGAUUUUUAGUGAGUUUUUAACCACUAUUCAAAUAAACGGUCAUAUCAUAUUGA